AUGGCGGCCCAGGCUCGUGAGGAUGCAGAACAGUUGAACCAAGAGAAGAUGGAGAAUAUGAUGCAACAGGCAAAUAAGCAUGAACAGGAGGUGAGAGACCAGAAAAACGACAUAGCCGAGCUCCUCCGACAGAUCCAGAGGCUGAAAACAGACCUGGAGAUCCUCUCCAAGCAGAAAGUGCAUUUGGAGAGUGAUAUCUCUGAAUGCGAUGAGAGGGGGAGGAAGGCCAGCCUGGAUGCUCAAGAGAGGAUCAAUCAGCUGAAGGCCGCUCUACAGAAGGCCAAGCAGAACAUGGCCCUAAUGCUCUGCGAGUACCAGGAGCUGCUUAAUGUCAAACUGGCCCUGGACAUCGAGAUAGCGACGUACAGGAAGCUUCUGGAAGGGGAGGAGAUGAGGAGAGUUUUUUAA